AUGGAACCCGAUGGUCCAGACGUCAAACGUCCCCGUUUGGAUACUACUACUCACUACCCUCCUCCCUCUUCUGUGCCUCAUCCACCGCCCUCCCGGUAUCACGAACCUGCUCUCCCCCCCGCCUACCCUCCUCACACGCUGCCGCCACCGCCAAUCCAGGGCCAUCCGCCUUCCGUCCCGGGUACGCCUCUCGGCCCACGCGCUCCGCGCGCCCUGCCUGAGCCCGCAAACUUCGGCCAGCACCCGAACCAACGCCCAGGCAAUGCGCCGCCCGUAAACAUCCCGUCGAGGUCCUACUCCGUGGAGUCGCUGUCGCGUCCGCCGAGCAAUCCCAGCCAGCCUUCGCCCAUCGACACCCGGCCGCGCCAGCUCGCCGUCUCUGGCCCUCCACCUGACGGCCCUCACCAGCAACCUCCUCCAAUGGACCAUGGCGGCCACCAUCCUGGCGCAUAUCCCAAUCAUGACCCCCACAUGAACGGCGGUGCGCCCUACCCUCCCUCGGCCGGCCAUCACAAUCCCUACGGUGGUGGCCCGCCGCCUCCCAUGGGCCCGACCCAGGGCUACCAUCCCUCACCUUACGCGCAACCAGGUGUAUAUGGCCAAGCUGCGGACUAUGUGGGCGCCGGCCGCAAGCGCCAAGUGCGCGCUGUGCAGGCCUGCAACAACUGCCGAAACCGCAAGCAGAAGUGCGACGAAGCACGCCCGUGCCAGUUCUGCCGCGAGUCUGGCUUGAAAUGCGAGUACAAAGAGGUGCCACCACCCAAACAAGACCGAACGCUGCAUGACAUCGCGACCAAGGUCAGCGCGCUCAUGGAUAAUUUUGCGUCCAUUCCGGGCCGCCUUGAGAGAAUAGAGCGGCAGCUCCGGGGCCAUCAGAAUGGAGAGGGUACGCUUACGACUCCAUCGGACCAAUUCCCUGCGCCAACACCUGUUGUAGCAGAAGAAGCUGAGGGAAGUGCCUAUGAUCCAGUUAGGGAGAAAACGUCGUCCGAGCCGCCGUCCACUGCGGCUAAAGCGCUGUCCGGACCCAAGUACUCUCUGCCUCCCGACGCUGGCCAGUCAAUCGGCCCGAAAGGACACCCGGCGCAGGUCCCGGACUUUUUCGAGGCCGAGAUCACAUUACCCGCCGACCACACGACCGCCGCCCACACCAUGCUGAUGGAUUGGUCUGCAAUGCAACCGUUUUUCAAAGACGUAAUCCCCGGCGGAACGAACUACCCGAGGGAGCAAGAAGAAAAUCGAGGGUUGCUUAAGCUUUACGGAAGAGGCGAAGGGGAAGACCUCUAUGAUGGUGCACACGGAGGCAGCCCUGCGGCAGAGGGCGCCGAAGAUGACGUUGUCAGCACUCCCGCGCCUUCACCUGGAUCCAACAGCUGGGGCAUCGGCUUUACUGCACAGCCCACCGCAGCCGAUAUCCAUCGAUCAGAUCCGCAACAUAACUGGGGCGGUCUGAAUCCGGAUGGCACCCUUAAACUGGAUGUUCGGACUGUGAAGCGCUUACACCAUAGCUACUUGAGCCAUAUGCAUCCUUUGCAGCCCUUCUUGGACAAGGAGCGGCUGGCGUCCAUGGUUGAGAAGUUUAUACAGCGGUACAGCCCGGAUGCUAGCAACCACAAUGCGAGAUCGCCCUUUGCCGUCCCGGACACGUAUCCCGCCGUGCCUCUGAAGCGGAAGAGGUCAAAUAAUGGCCCAAUCCCCGGACCGGAGCCCGGCACUCCGCCUACCAGAGGCAACUACAUAGAGCGUACCAUUGGGAACGCGAUAGUCCUUCUGGUGCUCGGCCUUGGGAGAAUUUGCGAACACAAGACCCACUUGCCUGGUCCUCUUGGUGGCCCGAACACGGUUGUUGGAAGCUCUCUACAGAUGCCCUCCAUGGAUUCGCCACCCGCCACCAUCAAGCCCUCGCCAGCUUCAUCGCAUUCAACUCUUGCUAGCAUCCCAUCACCAGGCAUCGACGGAGCACGCCUCAUGAGUAGGAGACCGUCGACAGAGCACAUGCCCACAUCGGAUAGAAGGGACACCGCGGCACGGAACAUGGACAUCACGCCAGGUCUUGCCUACUAUGCAUAUGCCGUUGAAAUACUCGGUGCGGUCCAUGGAGGAAACGAUCUCUCCCACGGUCAAGCAGGUGUCUUGGCAUGUCUUUACAUGGGCCAGUUGGCUCGCGUUUUGGAGAGCUGGGGCUGGAUCUGCUAUGCGUGCAGAGUGUGCGGUGUCCUCAUCGACAAGGACAAGGAGUCGCUUUUCCCCAACGCCCCGGAGCCCGACGUUUCGGAUAGCAUGGAUCUGAGAAAGGUGGCCCCAGGCGUGUCCAGUGGCGUCGACAGGCGCAAGACGAACCUGAUCAAGUUUCUGUACUGGACAUGCUUACAGCUUGAAAGUGACAUCCUUGCGGAAAUGAGCCACCUUAGGCCGAGCGGCAUCUCCAAGGACGAAGAACGCAUAGGUCUCCCGAGCCAGAUAUACCCCGAGCUGCCAUUGGAUCCGCCCGAGGAGAUGAACUGGCUGUACUACUCAGCCCAGAUUCAACUCCGCAAGAUCCUCAACAGAACCCAUCUGGCUCUGUACAGUAAACAAGGGCGAAAAAAGAAUUUCUGGGCUGCUUUGCGCGAUGACAUGUUGGAAGAACAGCUUCAGGGCUGGCGGGAGACGCUUCCGGCAUGGCUGGGAUGGGACGAUUCGGACGAACCGUCUGAUGAUAUCAACAAGGCCCGCAUGCGCGCCAAAUACUACGGUGCCAGGUACAUCAUCACGCGGCCGAUCCUCCACUGGGCGAUUCACACCAACCCGGCGCCAACGUUCCUGAUGAAGCAGUACGGCUUCACGCCGGUGGACGAAAACGACUCGCCGGACCCGUCGGUCAACCUGGUGUCGGACUCGCUGUCCAAGGCCAGCUGGCACAAGGUGAUGAUGGCGAGCAAGCGCUGCGUCGAGUCGGCCAUCCAGAGCACCAUCGCCUUCGACGGCAUCGAGAACACCAACCAGCGGCUGAUUGUCACCAACAUCUUCGGCACAGCUCACGCGCAAUUCGGCAACUGCCUCGUGUUGGCGGCGGUGCGCAAGUCGUGGAUGCGCGACCUCAUCCCGCACGCGCGCGUCAUCGCGCUUGUCGAGCGCACAAUCAGGUUCCUGCGGCGGCUGGUGCCCAUCUCGCCAACGCUGCGCGUGGACGUCGCGAUUCUCGAGAACACGCUGAAGUGCUUGAAUGGCGAGAAGUCGGACCCCGCGUCGGUGGACGCCUCGUUCGGGACAUAG